AUGUCAAUAUCAUCUUGCUCAGCCCAAGAUGGUUGCGCGAGCACGGCGAUGACGCGUACUGCCAUGCGUCAGAACAAGUUCGCCACCUCGGCUCCUGCUUCUGUCCCCCGCCUGACAGGCACCGAGCCGCAGCUGGGAUCCAUGCAAGGAGCUCAAGAGCUUCUAGAACAGCUGAAAGCGUCCUUCACCUCUUCGCACCUUAUCCAAGCCAUCGGCCUCUCGGGUCGACAGCUACCGCUGCUGACCAAGGAUCAAGAGAUCUUGCCGUACCUCUUUAACGCUGCUGGGGUACGAUAUGUUCAGCCUCACCCGAACGGGGACGCGUCGCAACGAAUCCUCCUUCUCAACGUCCCCGCAUCUUCACCCACGCCCGAUGUCGUCCUCUCGGCCAUCUUGAAGCACAGACUGGAGCUGAUCCAUGAGUUUGAGCUCUCGCUGGGCUACGAGCACCUCUCUUCCGAUCAAAUCCUCGAAGCGCUUCUCCCCACCUCGAUCGUUGAUACAGACGGCGUACCGACCGGCUUUACGAUUGUCGGCCACAUCGCACACCUCAACCUGCUCUCCGUCUACAAACCCUUCCGCUUCCUCGUGGGCCACAUCAUCCUUUCCAAGCACAUAGGUACACUUCGCACCGUCGUCAACAAACUCGAUUCCAUCGACACGCAGUUCCGAUUCUUCGAGAUGGAACUACUCGCUGGGGAAGCCGACUUUGUGGCUCAAGUGAGCGAGUCGGAUUGCUCGUUCCAGUUUGACUUUCGCAGUGUAUACUGGAACUCGAGGCUGCACGCUGAGCAUAUGCGCUUGAUCAAAAAGUGUAGGCCCAACCAGGUGCUCGCCGAUGUGAUGGCAGGCGUGGGGCCGUUUGCUGUGCCUGCGGCCAAACGGGGCACCUGGGUCCUAGCCAACGAUCUGAACCCGAGCAGCUACGAGAGUCUCACAAAGAACGCCGAGAUCAACAAGGUCUUGUUGCGAGAAGGCGAGGCCAAGCCAGACAAAGACGGCGGCUUGGUGGCUACGUGUAUGGACGGCAGGGAGUUUGUAAGGUGGAGCAUGCUCGAGGUGUGGAAGCGAGGAUUUGCGGGUCGACCUAUGGGAUUUGAUGGCGAACAAUUCGACGUUCAGGAUGACAAGUUGCGCCAAAGUGCUAGGAAGAUGCGCAAGGAGCAGGCUAAAAAGAAUCGCGCACUUUACGCGGUGCGACAAGCCGAGAACACGUUGGAGGGUGCUGCAGAAAGUCUAGCGAACCUCUCGGUCGACGAGCCAGAUGUUGCUGCUACGAUGGGACAGGUUGAGCGGCAUCCUGAGCGAAAACUAGUCGAUCACUUUGUCAUGAACCUGCCAGCUAUAGCGCUUGAGUUCCUGGACGCAUUCCGGGGUGCUUACACGCAUCUCGCCACAAUCGUCGGCAAACAGCGACUCCUUUGCCAACUGGAGCUUCACAAGCUCGAUGCCUCAAUCCAUCGGCUGCCCAUGAUCCACGUUCACUGUUUCAGCAAAGACCCCUUUACGCCUGCACUCGACAUCCUCACUCGCGCCAACGAGGCGCUCAAUAUCCCCCGCGAUGCCCCCUACAGACUCAUGGCCAAACCGAUCCUUCCACCCGCACAGACGUUCGCGGGCCUCCGCAAACUCUGCGACGCCUCGCAAUCCGCGUCGUACCUCUCGUCGCAUCCCAACUACUCCAAGUACAAACACCUCGAAUCGCAGCACGAUUUCAUGCAGUACGUACAUCAAGAAUGGCUCGAAAGAGACGCCGCUCAACACACACCCAACCUUAGCAUCCAUUACGUCCGCGAUGUCGCACCAAACAAGCAGAUGUACUGCCUCAGCUUCCAGUGCCCUAGCCAAGUGCUGUGGGCAAACACAUCCACCUCGCAGCACACGUGA